AUGGCUGGAAAUGAAGUGGUAGAUGAAUUAUAUCAGACAAAAAAGAAGGGUUCAUAUGCGUUAAAUGCUUUGAUAUGCAAGGCUAUUGAUCUGAACUUUCUGAAAGGUAUAACUAUUGGGAAGGAUUUUAGAGCUAUUCAGGAGUCAAAUCAUAUCAGACCAAAAGAAUGGUUGAACAACCCAUUCCUGGCGCCGGAGAAAGACAACCACCGAUCUAAGGCCAGUUCGGAGUGCGGCCAACAUGGUGGUGUACGCGGGAGAAGCCAAAGAAGUGGUUCGCGCGGCGGUUUGAGGCUGUGUGCGGCAAGAUUGCCAGAGGAGAGCAUUUUCGUGCAUUAUGGGUUCCCAUUUGAGGAUGGAAGCAACAGAGGAGUUAGGUCGGCUGGUUCUAUGCACGAAACCAGAAGGCCGAAGAGGGAAAAGGCGCGGCGGAGCAGAUCGGGCAAUAGCAAGCGAUUCUUCGCUCUCCAGCGCGAUUUGGGGUGUUUUUGCGAGCACCAUUCCGGAUUAGGGCUGGCACUGAAGUUCUGUGGUGAUUUCUGGCCGAAAGGAGUUUGUUUGGUGGUUUUAGGCAACGGUGCUUCUAACUCCGGCUACGACGAGUGGCUCUUCGACUGCGGUGCAUGCGGUCGCACAGGUUCUCCGGUGGUUGAUAGUGAGGUUCUCGUAGGAUUAUUGAUAUCCGUGUGUGAAAAGAUUGUGGACCUUUCACAUUUUGGGAGAAUAAGAGUCAGUGGAGAUGACCGUAUUCAGUUUCUUCACAACCAAAGUACUGGUGACUUUGAAUCUCUUCAUGAAGGACAGGGAUGUGACACUGUUUUUGUUACGCCAACGGCAAGGACAAUAGACAUAGCACAUGCAUGGGUCAUGAAAAAUGCAAUCAUGUUGGUGGUCUCACCAACAACCUGUGAGAGCAUAGCUGAAAUGCUCAAGAAGUACAUAUUUUUUGCCGACAAGGUAAAGAUCAAAGAUGUUACCAAGCAAACUUGCUUUUUCAGUUUAGUAGGACCUAGAAGCAAUCAAGUAAGAAUAAAUCUUGAAAUAAAACUACUACUUCGGUUCAAUUAUUAGGUAAAUGGUAUGCCGAUAACAGUUGGGGUGGGAAAUCUCCUUUCUGCAGAAGGUUUCUCAAUGUUGAUGGCACCUGCUGCUGCUGAAUCAGUCUGGAAAAUGCUUUUAUCUGAAGGAGCAGUUCCAAUGGGUUCUAUCGCUUGGGAAAAGUUGAGGAUUAUACAAGGAAGGCCAGCUCCCGGAAAGGAGCUCACCAGUGAGUUCAAUGUUUUGGAGGCUGGUCUCUGGAAUUCCAUUUGUUUGAACAAAGGGUGUUACAAGGGACAAGAGACAAUAGCAAGACUCAUAACAUACGAUGGAAUUAAACAGAGAUUAUGGGGACUCUCUUUGUCUGGACCUGCAGAACAUGGAAGUGCUAUUACAGUUGAUGAGAAAAAGGUAGGAAAAUUGACAAGCUAUACACCUGGAAGAAGAAAAAAGGAGCAUUUUGGUUUAGGCUACAUCAAGAGGCGAGCUGCUUCAAUUGGAGAUACUGUACUUAUUGGAGACAACAUUGUUGGAAGGGUAGUAGAAGUUCCUUUCCUUGCAAGACAACACCCUCCAUCAAAAGAUCCCAAGCCGAGUCCUUGACUUGAAGGUAAAAUGAAAAUGGUAAAGCAAAAAGUCUAUUUUCAAUUAAAGCAAAAAAUACUGUAAGUCUGAUUGUUUAGUUCAAACUAAUAUAAAUAUCAUAGAAAUAAAACUAAAAGUGAUACCGAACUGGUGUGGAAGUAAAGGUGGAUAAUUUACUUUAUAUAUUA